UUUUUUUCUCCUAUUCGGUAUAUAAACCCUAAACCAGAACUCUCUGGCACGGUUACCGUAGAAAAACAAUUCUUGAUUUUGCGAUGGGUUGGGUUUGGAAGGACGAAUCGGGCGAUUUUCAGUCCGGUGACGGUAGUCAAUCCAAAGACUCGAACCCUAGUUUUGGCGACCGGUGCUCUACAAGAAAGAUCGUGAAAUCGCAGUGCAAAACCGAAGAGGUCGAGCCCGGGAAAUUCGUCAGGAAGUGCGAGAAAACUGAGCAGGUUCUCAAAGACUGCGUUGGAAGGCCCUCUGAAGUGAUCCAUUCCAAUAAAGAAUACACUGAAGAAGAUGUCACAGGCCAGGUGGUUGAAAGGUCUUUCCCCUUGGAGUUGCCAGAGCUUGGUCGAUUUGACUUCCCUGGGCUGCGCAGUGAUAUUGAAGCCAUGGAACGUAGCUUCUUCAGUGGCCUUGGCCAUUUCUUUGAAGCAGCUGAGGAGAUGAAGAAUGGUUUUUUCAAUGCUUUUGGGGCUCCACAACUAUAUGAUGGAGAUUCUUCUUCAUCAUCGUCUUCUUCUACAAGGCAGGGUAUACCAAUUGAAGGCAGCCAUCCUCCAAGAAACGCCUCUCCUAAACCAUGUAAUCCUGAGUCUGGACAUGUUGAUCUUUCUGGAUUGGUCAGCGACGUCUAAAGCAAGCCCGUCAUGAUUGCCUCGAUACUGUUCAAAUUUUGACCUUAACUACUUCUACUGGCCUGUAAUGUGAAUAUAGCGUACAGAUAUACAUUCUGCUUUUCCUAGGUUUGGAAUUUUAUUAAACCUUGACUAUCAAGAUUUAUUUCUUUCUAUA